GCCAUGCCUCGCAGCCGCUGCUCGCUGCCUGUGGUCGCGCUGUCGCUGCUGCUGCUGUCGCUGCUGCAGGCGACGGCAGAGGCCGCCGACGGCGACUUCGAGCUGCACAUCGUGCACCUCAACGACUUCCACGCGCGCUUCGAGCCCAUCAACAGUGGCGGCGGCUCCUGCUCGCCCAGUGCCGCCUGCUUCGGGGGCAUCGCGCGCGUGGCCACCGAGGCGCGCCGGCUGAUCGACGCUGCCGGCGACAACUACCUGUUCCUCAACGCCGGCGACAACUUUCAGGGCACCGUCUGGUACUCGCUCUACAAGUGGAACGUCACCGCCGCCAUCCUCAACAUGCUGCCCUGGGACGCGGCGACGCUGGGCAACCACGAGUUCGACGACAAGAUCGCCGGUCUGGUGCCCUUCCUGGACAACAUCAACUUCCCGAUGGUGGUGGCCAACCUGGACAUAUCGCAGGAGCCGCGCCUCACCGGCAAGUUCAACAAGUCCGUGGUGAUCGAGAGGGGCGGCCGGCGCAUCGGCAUCGUCGGCUACAUGCUCAGGAGCACCCCGGACAUUGCCAGCACGGAAAAGCUUAUCUUUCUGGAUGAAGCGGAAAGCCUGGCGGAGGAAGCCAAGCGACUGAAAGAGGACGGCGUCGAUAUCAUCAUCGGUCUGUCCCACAGUGGACUCGACGUGGAUCGCCAAGUGGCCGCCAAGGUCGCAGACGUGGACAUCAUCGUGGGCGGACACUCCCACACGCUGCUCUACACAGGGACUCCUCCGGACAAUGACACCGCCGAAGACGUGUACCCGGUGAUGGUGACGCAGGAGAGCGGCCACAAGGUGGCCAUCGUGCAGGCGAUGGCCUACACCAAGUAUCUGGGAAACCUGGUGGCCACGUUCGACAGCAACGGCGAGCUGCUCAGCGCCACCGGGAAUCCUGUGCUGCUGGACGAAACCGUCGAGGAGGACCCAGAGAUUCUUGCAGCACUGGCCCCAUGGCAAGCAGGCCUGGAGGAACUGGAGACCCGCAAGGUGGGGGAGACCAAAGUCCUUCUCGACACGUCGAACAAUGCGUGCAAGCAAGGGGAGUGCAACAUGGGCAACUUCAUCACUGGGGCGAUGCUGGACGAGAUGGCAGUGCUGCAGAGCAGCUCCGAUUCGCAGCGAUGGACGGAGGCUCCCAUAGCCAUCACCAACUCUGGAGGUAUCCGGGCGUCUAUUGAGGAGACCAACAACGGAACCAUAACUUACAGCGAUUUGAUCACGGUGUUGCCGUUCGAGAACACGAUAGACAUCAUCGAGAUCACAGGGGCGACGCUGCGCAAGGCGCUGGAGUUCUCCGUAAACGACACGAACACGUGGAAGAGCAAGAGGCAGGGCCCGAUCUACUUCAGAUACCUCCUGCACUACUCCGGUCUGCGCGUGGAGAUCGACGUACGGCAGCCGGUGGGGCAGCGCGUCACGCGAGUGUCUGUGCUGUGCGCGGCCUGCGACGUCCCGCGCUACGAACCGCUGAAGGACGACGCCUGGUACCGCGUGGCCGUCAACUCCUUCCUGGCCGAGGGCGGCGACGCCUUCUACAUGCUCCGGGACGAGGCGCGCAGCCGCACCAUAGGCCGCGUCGACGUGGACGUGAUGCUGGACUACAUGGCGAGGUUCAGCCCCAUCGUGCAAGGCCUGGACGGGCGCACCGUCGUGCUGUCGUGACGCCGCGGUGACCUCUGGAGGCCUCUGAGGCCAGCGCCUUCCCCGACUGUGAUGUUUAUCUAACUGUUGUCUACUUAUGACUGUUCUGUGCUUUGUAAUUAACGACGAUAUCUUUCCCAAAAACAAAAUAAAUCGUAUGUCUGACACUGUUGCUGCUA